CGGAAAGAGGUGGGUGAGAGAGGCGAGGAAGCAGCUCUAUAUUCUCACUGAGAGAACGAAGGAGACAGCAGAGGAGAAGACAAAGAGUGAGUGAUACUUCAGCGGAAGAAAGAAGUAAAAGUCAGAAAUAGUGAUAGAGAACAAGAGAGAGCUAGAGACAGAGAGGCGGAGUGUGAAAGGAUAUACAUUCAACUGAGACCAGUGGAUCAACAUCAUUAAUGGUGAAGAAGAAUGUUUUACUUGAAUAGUAACGAUUUUACAGAGGAGAAUUACUGAAAAACACAAACUUUAUGAUAGAGUCAACAUUUUAACAAAGAGACUAUCAUCAAAUGGACUAGAGAUGGCUGGAUUGGGAUGCAAAACUGAGGAAUACCUUCAUGAUGCUUCUGGGGUGAAAAGGUGCUGUGAGCGUUGUCGUAAAGGACAGUAUGUUCGCACCGACUGUGGCAAGUCUACAAAAACAGAGUGUGAAACCUGUCAACAUGAAUACUACACUGCUGAACUAAACUUCUUGAAACAAUGUCUACCCUGUAGGGUCUGCUAUUCCAGCAGUAACCAGAGGGUAUUGAGGGAGUGUGAAGCCAGUAGUGACAGGCAAUGUGUGUGUAAGACUGGUUACUACUGUACAGACGAUGGAUGUGAACACUGCCUACCCGUGAAGCUGUGCCCUCUGGGUUCAGGUGUCGUGAAUCAAGCCACCCUCCAGAAUGACACAGUCUGUGCCCCAUGCCUACCUGGGACCUAUAACAGUGUCAACGAUGCCAUCACACACUGCCAAUCACACACCAGGUGUGGGGACCUAGGGAAGGAGGUGAAAAGUGCUGGGACUGAGACGACCGAUGCUGUGUGUGGUGCCUUCAUAUCUCGGUGUCACUGGAUACUACCUACCAGUCUGUGGGCGGGACUAGUGGUGACCUCACUCAUCAUAAUCCUGAUCUGCAUCUAUUGGAGGGCCAAGCGUCAAUCAUACAUGCCAGCCAACUCCAGUGGUCCUGGUAUUCCUGUAGAGCCUGCACCUCCUUCCUUCGCUCCAGCUGAGCUCAAGUUCCCCACGGAGUGCAACAGCCAUUGGAGCCUGGACCAGAAAGCCACUGAGCCACUCUUCAUCAACACAGCUGUUAUUCAGGUAAACGGCUAUACGUCAGACUGUGAAGUUGAGGCCGAUGGCACCACUAUAACAAUGACAACAUCAGAGCGAUUCAGCCAAUCGGAUCACAGUAAUGGAAUGAGAGGAAAUGACAUCAGACCCUCCCGCUACCUAUCAGAGCCACAGGAAGAUGAGUGGCCAGGGACUUAAUUCUGAUUUUCAACUAAAUAUUUUUUUUUGUAUUACUUUUUUCAAUGAACAAGACCCACAUGGGAAAAUAACUGAGCAGAUUCCUCCUUGAAGGUUCCUGGAUACAAUCCCUUUUUUUAGUCUUAUCUCGGCAAUGAAAAUAUACUGAACUAUAAACAUCCUAUGAACAUUCUGUUUCUUAGGUCAUUGAAAAAAACUGUUGGGGAGGGCUUAAAUAAAGUGUAACCACUGAGGUCAAAUGUCA